GGCCCUGCUGCCCCUCUCCUGGGGAACGUCUGCGCCCUGGCCCCACCGGUGGGGAGAAUGCCCGUCCAGCCCCGGCCACGCCUCUGCUACUGGCUGCUAAUCCCUCUCCUGCAGUGGGGGUGCGGGGAGCUGACCUACGGAGACCUCGAGGAUGAAAGUCAUUACCUGUAUCUGGAGGAGGACGGCCCCUUUGCUGGGGAGGGCGGGUCGGCCCACUGCAGGGACACCUACCUGGAGUGGAUCUCCCUAUACUGCUGGACCACCUUCCACGCCACAGUCAUGGCCACGCCAGAGUGGAGCCGGUGUCAGUGGGACCAAAUCAGCAGGAUUUACAGCGACCUCUCCAACUGCACGGUGCUGAUGGCCGAGGCUCUGUCCUGCCCCUGGCCCAGCCCCGCUCUUGACUCCUUCUUCCUGCAGAUCCACAUGGAAUAUUUCACCAACUGCACCAUGCCUGCCAGCUCCCAGCCCAGCCAGCCACCUCUGGGGCCUGUCCUAGCCAUGGCUGCCAUGGCUGCCUGCCUGACCCCUCUUGGGGUUGCUCUCACGCUCCGCAAGGCCAGGAAGGCUGAGCCAGAGCCAAAGCCAGACUGGCCCCUCCCAGCGGCACCACCUGUGCUCAGCAGACAACGGGCUUCUUCUCGUGCAGUCCUGGGCACCAACUGGAAAGGGAGAGAGAGUGUCUAGUGGUUGCGGGGGAGGGGGUGGUGCUGGGAGCCAGGACUCCUGGGUUCUAUCCGUGGCUCGGG